AUGGCGGCGUCGGCGAGGGCGUGCUUGGUUGCGCUGGCCCUGGUGGCGGCGCUCAUCCUCGACGGAGCGGCGGCGGAGGGGAAUGCCGGAGGCCGGUCGCUGACGCUGAGGCAGCGGCGCCGGCAGCUGCUUCGCCAGCGCCAGGUGCGCAGCCACCUCAAGCGCCUCAACAAGGCACCCCUCGCCACCAUUCAGAGUCCAGAUGGAGACAUCAUAGACUGCGUGCAUAUCUCCAAGCAACCUGCCUUGGAUCACCCCUUCCUCAAGAACCACACCAUCCAGAUGCGGCCUGCAUACCACCCGGAAGGUCUGUAUGAUGAGUCCAAGGUUGCGUCGCAGCAGAACGCCCAGGCAAUCACCCAAAUGUGGCACCAGAAUGGCAGGUGCCCCGAGAACACGAUACCGAUCAGGAGGACCAAGGAGGAGGAUGUCCUGAGGGCCAGUUCCGUCAGGAGGUAUGGCAAGAAGAAGGGCAGGAGUACCGCGAACCCCAUGUCGGUUGACCCUGACAUGCUCAACGAGAGCGGCCACCAGCAUGCCAUAGCAUAUGUGGAGGGGGACAAGUACUAUGGCGCCAAGGCUACCAUCAAUGUGUGGCAACCGAAGAUCGAGCAGGCUAAUGAGUUCAGCCUGUCCCAGUUCUGGAUCUUGGGGGGCUCCUUCGGCCAGGACCUCAACAGCAUCGAAGCAGGAUGGCAGGUUAGCCCAGACCUGUAUGGGGACAACAACACUAGGCUCUUCACCUACUGGACUAGUGAUGCGUAUCAGGCAACAGGAUGCUACAACCUGCUGUGCUCGGGGUUCAUCCAGACAAGCAAUCAGAUCGCCAUGGGCGCCAGCAUCUUCCCUAUCUCCAACUAUGGUGGCUCCCAAUAUGACAUCAACAUUUUGGUCUGGAAGGACCCAAAGGAGGGCAACUGGUGGUUGCAGUUCGGCAACGACUAUGUUCUGGGCUACUGGCCGUCCUUCCUCUUCUCCUACCUGGCCGACAGCGCCUCCAUGAUCGAGUGGGGCGGCGAGGUGGUGAACUCAGAGCCCGACGGCAGCCACACCACCACGCAGAUGGGCAGCGGCCACUUCCCGGAGGAAGGGUUCGGCAAGGCCAGCUACUUUAGGAACAUCCAAGUGGUGGACUCGACCAACAACCUCAAGGCGCCGAGGGGAGUGGGAACCUUCACCGAGCAGUCCAAUUGCUACGACGUGCAGAACGGCAACAAUGGUGAUUGGGGCACGUACUUCUACUAUGGCGGCCCCGGGAAGAACUCUAACUGUCCAUAG